AUGGACGUGGAAGCAAUGGAGAAAAGAUUUCUAAAAAUCAACAGAAUGUUUGGAGUGCUAACUAGUGUUUGGCCAUAUCAAAAACCUUUCCCAAGAUUAAUACAAAGAAUCAUUGCUCUUACGAUAUUGUUUACUUCUUUCGUUACGCAGACCGCGUACCUUAUACUUUUUCCCAGUAUACGAGGAAUUGUGACUAGUAUGCCUUAUUAUAUACUAGUGCUUGGGACGUUUGUAAAAAUGGGUAAUUACUUUAUAAAUGAAACGAAGUUGAGAUCAAUGCUGAACCACAUAUUCACAGACUGGGCAACGAUAAAAUCGAAAGAAGAAAAUGACAUUAUGAUCGCAUAUUCGCAAAGAGGACUUCUUCUCACGCUAAGCUAUGCUUUACACGCUUUGAUUACUGGCAUAUUGAUGAUUUCGUGGCCCCUUGUACCACCUAUUUUAGACAUCCUUAUGCCGUUAAACGAAUCCCGAAAACGCAUGUUCAUAUACCCAGCACAUUAUUUUGUGGAUCACGAAAAAUACUACGACAUUUUAGCGAUACAUAUGGUCAUUGUCAUGUGCAUGACUGGUUUUGUAUACUGCGCAUGUGAUGCGAAUUACGUAUACGCAGUGCAGCAUGCUUGUGGACUGCUGGCCAUCACAAGAUAUCGGUUCAGAAACGUAAGCGAAGGUGUGUUAGAUCAAUAUAAAAAUGAUGCAAAGUUAUCAAAAUUCAAUUAUAACAACGUGCGUAAAUCGAUUCAGGCACAUCAACAUGCUCUAAGAUAUCUGAAGCUAAUUGAAACCAAUCAUCACACUUAUUUAUUCAUUUCGGUGGGAAUGCUGAUAAUGUGUAUCUGUGUGUCGUUGUUACAGGUGGCAAAUGAAAAGACUGACUCGUGGCUAGUUCAGUAUAUAUUUUUGUUUGCUCAAUUGUUUCACACGCUUAUUCUUACUGGUCAAGGACAAUUUGUAAUAAACGGACUAGACGGUGUUUUUAUCUCAAUGUUUCUGCGGAAUAUCGAGAGCACACAUGUUACUUACCUUUUUAUGUGUAUGGGUAUAACACUCCUGUGUGUUAGUAUUACUAUGGUAGAAAUCGCUACGAUAGAUCACUGUUGGGAUUUUUACAAGUUUAUUGGCUUUCUGGUUAUACAAUUGUUGCAUCUGUUCUGUCUAACGAUGCAGGGACAGUUAGUCAUAAAUUCGUCCGAUGAGAUUUACAAUGCAAUAAACGAAGCACGAUGGUAUAAUACGAAUCCAGAAAUGCAAACAUUUUGCGUGCUAGCAUUACGCCGAAGUCUAACUCCACCCUGUUUAACUGCCGGCGGUUUAAUACAAUUUAACAUGCAAAGUUUUUCAGAAGUAAUGUAUCACUAG